GACGCGCGCCCCGGUUCAUUCACGAGUAAUAAGACGAGCGGCGAACAUCCGCGGCGCACCGACGCACCAAAGUUUAGCACCAAAACAAGCCGCGAGGCGCGCGCGCGCAGCGGACGGACCAUUGUGGAUACAGUACCGCGCAAGUAGGGGACGCCUGCUGACAAAAAGACGCGCAGCCACGCUGGAUACUAGUCCCCCCUCACCUCUUGGAUAACUUGGAAAGGCUUCCUGUGGACGCGUCUGGCGCGCACCGACGGGGAGCUACGGGACAACUCCCUUGGAGUGAAGAAGGAUUAUUAUUUGUCGCUUUUUGCUGAGCUUGGCGUAAACACUGUACGCGGUCGCGCUGCUUCGCUGGCCGGUGACGCGGCUGCCCUGGGGAAGCGAGAAGGAUGGCAGCCUGGUUCACCUUUACCAUCGCAGUGAGCACCACGUUGAUCGCACAGGCCUUCGGAUCGGGAGUUUUUGAGGUGGACCUCCACGAAUUUAAAAACCACAAAGGGCUGCUGGCGAACGGGAACGCGUGCAAACCCAACUGCAGGACUUACUUUCGAAUUUGCUUGAAGAACUAUCAGGCCGUGGUGUCGCCGGGCGGCUGCAUCUUUGGGAGUACGGUGACAGCGGUGCUGGGGACCAACUCUUUCAGCGCAAAGGACGGCGGCACUUUGCCCAGACCGAUUCAGAUCCCCUUCACCUUCGGGUGGCCGGGGUCGUUUUCGUUAAUAAUUGAAGCUCGGCAUUCACCUUAUGGAAAUCUACCUGUAGAUACCGACAACCCAGAGCUCUUGAUAAGCUUUAUGGCCAUCCACAGACAGAUGGGCGUAGGGACCGCUUGGUCUCCGGAUACGCGGACCGGAGAUCAGACAGAGCUGAGGUAUUCGUACCGGUUUGUCUGCAACGAAAGCUACUACGGAGACAGUUGCUCCAAGAAAUGUUCGCCCAGGGACGACCGAUUCGGCCACUACACCUGCGACCGCGACGGGCAGCUGUCCUGUCUGCCUGGCUGGAAAGGGAAAUACUGCGAAGAACCUAUCUGCCUGGAGGGCUGCAGCGAGAGGAACGGAAACUGCUCCAAACCUGGCGAGUGUGUAUGCAGAGAAGGCUGGCAGGGAACCUUCUGUGACGAGUGUAAGAAGUAUCCGGCCUGCAAGCACGGCACCUGCCAGCUGCCGUGGCAGUGUAACUGCCAGGAGGGCUGGGGAGGCCUAUUGUGUGACCAAGACCUGAACUUCUGCACCCAUCACCACCCCUGUGUGAACAGCGCCACCUGCAUGAACACGGGACAAGGCAGCUACACGUGCACUUGCCUGCCGGGUUUCACGGGGGUCAACUGUGAGCUGGAGAUGCAGGAGUGUGACAGCAACCCCUGCAGGAACGGCGCGACCUGCACGAAUUUGGACAGUGGCUACAAGUGCACGUGUCCCCACGGCUUCGAGGGCUCCCACUGCGAGCACGGCCUGCUGACGUGCGCCGACUCGCCGUGUUUCCACAGCGGCAAAUGCCGGGAGAAGGACAACGGGCGCAGCUACAUGUGCGAGUGUCCCCGCGGCUACACGGGGCUCAACUGCGAGAAGAGAGUGGACAAGUGCACGUCGCUUCCCUGCGCUAACGGCGGGCUGUGCCUGAUCCACGGCGGCGUGCGCGAGUGCAGCUGCCGCGCGGGAUUCACGGGCCAGCGCUGCGAAAUCAACGUCAACGAGUGCGCCGGCAACCCCUGCCUCAACGGGGGCACCUGCCAGGACCGGAUCAACGACUACACCUGCGCCUGUCCCGCGGGCCACGGGGGGCGCAACUGCGACAGGGUCCUGGACGAGUGCGCCCUCCGACCGUGCCUCAACGGGGGGGUCUGCGCCGGCGGCGGCGGCGGGCCGGGCAAGCCCCCGGCCGCCUGCGUCUGCCCGUCGGGCUCCACCGGGCCGCGCUGCGAGUUCUUCGCCGCCGUCACCUCCCCGGUGGCCAACGGGGAGACGCAGGGCGGCUUCCAGUGGGCGGCGGUCUCCCUGGCCGUGGGCCUGGUGGCGCUGCUGGUGCUGCUGUGCAUGGUGGGCCUGGCGCUGAGGCACAUCCACGGGCAGGCGCGGGGAGAGCGCGGCGACACGGAGACCAUGAACAACUUGUCCAACGUCCAGAAGGACAACCUGAUCCCCGAGUGCCAGCUGAAGAACACCAACCAGAAAGUGAGCAUGGAGGUGGACUGCGACUCGGAGAAAUCAAACUUUAUCCAUAAAAACUAUCACUUGGACUCGUACCACUCGAAGUCGAAGGAGUUCAAGGAUGAACCGUCACAGGAGGAAAAAAGUCUUAUUUAUGAGAAGUGUUUAGAAGACAAAAUGCCGUUGAGCAGAACGUACAGUGAAAAGCCAGAGUGCAGGAUAUCAACGAUACGUCCCUCAAGAGACUCCAUGUACCAGUCGGUAUUUGUUAUAGGAGAGGCGAGGAGGGAGUGCGUCAUAGCAACCGAGGUAUAAACUGUGAGGAAUCUGAAGGCGAGGAGAACGAGGAGAAAAAAAAAGACACAAUCGAGGCAGAAUGAGAUACUUCUGGAUUGUUUACAAAUUUGGAGACGGGACUGGAGAUUGUUUUAGAUGUCCACUGCUGCUCUGGAACACUUGAGAACUGUGGAGGGCAGGAACGUCUGCUCCGCGUAGAGAAUUUAAGUUUAAAAACAAAAGAACAGAACUGAGAAACUUUAUGUCGACCGAGUGUUUGUAUGCAAAGCGUUGUACAGUGAAGGACUCUCAGAUGUGACCGGCGGAACCGUCCCGGGCCGCCCGGGACUCCAGGCGGAGGGCGGAGGGCGGCGGCGGCGGCGGAUCUCGGACCCGGCGUCCUGUGAUAAUCACGUAGAAAGGAAGGAGAAAAGGUGCCUACGGUUUGACCCCCUCGGGGACCCCCGACCCCCCCCCCCCCGCCCCCACACACACACACUCGCUGCCGCCAGCUUCUUCGCCCGCUAUGCAAGACUCAGGGCGGGGGGCAGUGAACUCGCCCGCGGUCGCGAUCCGACCUCACAAACACUGAGAGUUACGAAUGUCUGAAACUAAUCUUCAGCUGUCAAUCAAGUGGAAGUGACAGGUCGGCCUUUUCCACGCAACGGUGAAGAUAGUAUGCAGCCCAAAUUCACUAGAAGCCUUAAAAGAGUCGGGGGCCGAGGGGGGGUGGAUGCUAAAUUUGUGCCCUUGUCUGUUCUUGGAUCAUUUGCACUACAAUAACAAAAUAGGGGGAAUAGUUUUUAAUCAACAGGAGCCAGUUAGUCAGUGCCAGCAAGAUCCAAGCGAAACGUUUGCAUAGAAAUGUGUGUUUUUUUUAUGCAAACCCGACUGAGAAAAGCAAAGAAGAGACUGUCACACCACUGCCUGCCUAUAAUACAUUUCAAAAAUACAGAACCAAUAAUGUAAUUUUUUUAAAUGAUUAUUUCCAGAGUUUAAUUUAAGUAUGACACACUGCUCUUUAUAUGUUUUAUAAUAUUAUUUUGUAUAUAAUGCAUAUUUAUAAGGACCAAACUUCUGAAGAAUAAAACUUCCUUGAAAACUGUU